AUGAACAAUAAAGGGAAAACCACUACUACUUUUAGCAAGUUGUCUAUUCCGGGUAGUAAACAGCUAUUUUCUUCGUUUUCGUUCUUUUCUCCGAUUGAAGAAAAGACACCUUUUCUCAAGUAUUCACCUGAUGAUACUUAUCAGUCAAGAGCCAUUCCCAAUAUUAUGCCUCACUUAUCAGUACACGAUACUGAGAAUGAUGAGAAUACCAAUAUUACAACAAUAUCGAAAUCUCACUCAGCAACCGAUCUUCGAAUUCCGAAUAAUAAUAAAACAAAUGGAAACCCACGUUCAUCGUCUCAUACAAAUGUACUUAACACUCUCCCUUUAAAUCGUCAUCCGAAUCGAUUAUCAACGAUUCUUUCUGGCGAUAAUAUUAACAAUAAUAACACUAAAGCUUCCACUAUUGCAGCGAUACGUAAAAAUAGUUUACCACCCAUGAUGAAACUAUUUCCAACUCAGGAACCAUCAUUACCACCAUAUUUAACAUUGGCUGAAUUUAAAAGAUUGGAUAAUCAUCCACGAAAGCAAAGAGCAAUAUUAGUAUCCUUACAACGUCAGGAUGAUAAACUAAGAAAAGAUGGGAUCAUAAAAGAGAUGAAUAAAGAUACAUUAAAGGGGAAAAAAGGAAAUGAACGAAAAAUUUCCAAAAUAAAAGAUACAACAAAUCAAAAGAUACAAAUACCAACAAUUAAACGUGGUGGUUCGGGAGUUUCACUUAAAUUUCUUGGAAUAAAAAAAGGGAAAAAAAAGACUGAUUCUGUGUUGCUAAAUAAUUUGGUUUUGGCCAUUCGAGAUCAUAAAACUUCCGAUGCAAUAGCUAUCCUUUCACAUAUACCAAAUAAAUCAUUGAAAAAGAAAAAAAAUCAUGAAGCUAAUAAAGCAUUUUUAUUGGCCAUGACACAUCGAUUAGAAGAUGUUGCUUUGGCUAUGUACGAACGAGGAAUUCCGAGAGAUGUUAAUUCUCCCAUACUUUUCAAAAAAACCAAGAAUACCGAACGUAAUAAUAUGUCGGAAUUGAAACUUCCGAGUUAUUUUAUUUUGGCCGUGAAAUUCGGAUUAUAUAAUCUAGUAAGAAUAAUGUUGAAGCGAGCUAAUAUGAAUCAAACAUGGUUUGGUUUAUCACCUUUGAUAAUAGCUAUUUCUAAAGCGAGUCAAAUGUCUAUGAAGAUUGAUUCUGAAAAAAAAAAUAUAAUAAAACUUUUACUUGAUAAUGGAGCAGAUCCUUCUCAAGGAUUACCAUAUGAACAAUUUAAUACAUUAAGAAAAUUAAAAGCGAAACAUAAUACAAAAAUAUUAAAUGAAUCAUUUGAAACCAGGGAAGUUUUAACAAAAAAAAGAGUAAUUUCUGAUCCAUAUCAAUUUUAUAAUAAUAACAAGAAGAAGGAUGGUGAUGGUAAUUAUUAUAUAAAUUCGAAUACAGGAAAAAUGAUAAAAUCGGUAAAGAAUGAUUGGGUCUUUCCUUUAGAUAUUGCAGCUGUCAAUGGUAAUAUUGAUAUCGUGAAAAUGUUACUUAUAAGAGGGAACACAACUUUACAUCGAGCAGCUCGAUCAGGACAUACUGAAAUGGUGUUUUUAUUGUUAAGAUUAGGAGCGGAUAUUGAUGCAAAGGGUGAAAAUGACUGGACUCCAUUACAUGAAGCUAUCAGUAAAAAACAUCUCGAGCUUUGUCUUAUUUUAAUUGCGGCAGGAGCAAAUGUUAAAUUAAAAAGUAAAUCUGGACAAACUUUUGAUGAAUUAGGGUUGACACGUGGAUUAACGAAGGAAGAUAUUGACCGAUAUACUCCAGAUUCUUCAAAAUUCAUAAAAUUCAUUACUGUUUCUUUUCUUAUAGAAGAUAAUUUGGAAGCUCAAAAAUUAUUGGCAGCUGCCAUUGCUCAUAAUAAUCAAUAUAGGUUUGAUGACGACCAAAAACGAAAGUUAGAAAUGUUAGAAGAUAUUGUUCAACAAUCUCCUUCUAAAGCGAGUCACAAUCUUAAUAUCGCUUCAGUUCCUCAUCCUGAAUUAUCAGCCGAAGAGAAUGAUCAAACUUCAGAUAAUGCAUUGUCAGAGCAACGAACUGAACCACUGAAGAAAAAACCGGGCAGAAAACCAUUAAAUAAUACUCCUAGCUCUAAACGUAAAGCUCAAAAUCGAGCAGCUCAACGUGCAUUUCGAGAACGUAAGGAACGAUACGUCAAAGAACUUGAAACCAAGAUUACCGAACUUGAAUCUUUAUCAGCAAAAAGUGCACAGGAAAAUCAACAACUUAAAACACUUGUUGAACAAUUACAAACAGAAAAUUUUAUAUUGAAACAAACAUCUUUCUCAUUCGAAUUCCCUCUAACAAAAACCGAAAAAUCAACGACCCUUGUUGAUAAGAAUAUUACAGAUCUGAUGUCAUCGUCGUCGUCCUCAUCAUCUGCUUCUUCUCUAACUCAACAACAACAUAAUACUACUACAGAUACUUUAAAAUCUUUAUUGUCAUCAAUUAAUGAUGAUAUACUUGAUCCUUAUACUCCUCCAUCUUCAGGGACAAGUGAUGAAGAACCAAGUUCACCAAAAUCGUCGGAUUCAAUUCAACUAGGAGAAGAAAUAUUUGAUAAAACUAAAGAUUCUUCGACUAAUAAAAUAGUAACGAGUUUACCUUCAACACCUAAAUCAAUCCCUACUACUACUUCCACUCCCAUCACCACGGCUAAUACCACCAAAAAUGUAUUAUCAGAGGUAUUACAAUCAUCUAGCAUAAAUAUAUCACAUUCACCUAAACCUCAAAAUGCCAAAGAAUUUUGUGAAAAGUUUACAAAUGGAAUAUGUCUACAAGAUUCUUCUUUAGAUGGUGGUGAUGGUAGUACCAAUUCAGAUGAAAUUAUUACUACCACAUCUUCAAAUACAACGACCGAUUCAAAUAGAUUAUCAUCAUUUACAGAAUAUCGAGAUCCCACACCAUUUACACCGAAUAUUGAUAAUCCAUUUUCGGAAUCCGCACCAUUGCCACCACUUUUUGAAGAGAAUUUUCAAAAUUUCGGUAGUUUCGCACCAAUGGCCACACCAUUGGAUGAAAGAAAGAAUCCAUUUAAUGGACAACAUUCCAUAAAUUCAUUUGAAGAAAGUAGAAAUAAUCAAAAGUUUUUAUCAUGUAAUAAAGUAUGGGAAAGGAUUCAACAACAUCCGAAAUUUGAUGAUUUAGAAGGAGAUGAAAUUGAUCAACUUUGUAAUGAAUUAAAAUCGAAAGCCAAAUGUUCCGGAAAUGGACCAGUUGUUCCAGAAGAAGAAUUAGAAGCUUGA